GAGAGAGGGAAUCUAAUUUGAUUGGGUGAGGAGGAACAUAAGGUGAUUAUGGAGCGUGCGGGGAAGAUCUUCUUUUACGAGGACAAGAACUUCCAGGGCCGCUACUAUGAAUGCAGCAGCGACUGCCCCGAGCUCAGCUCCCACUUCAGCCGCUGCAACUCCAUCCGGGUGGAGGGCGGCGCCUGGGUCAUCUACGAGAGGCCCCAGUACAUGGGCUACCAGUACGUCCUCAUGAGGGGGGAGUACCCCAACUACCAGGGCUGGAACGGCUUCAACGACACCAUCCGCUCCUGUCGGCUCAUCAGAUACCCAUCCAGCAGACACAGGAUUCGCAUCUACGAGCGUCCCGACUUCGGUGGCCAGAUGAUCGAGUUCAGCGAGGAUCUGCCCAACCUGCUGGACCGCUGGCGCUACCGCGACAUCCACUCGGCCCACGUCCAGGACGGCGUCUGGGUCUUCUACGAGCACCCCAACUACAGGGGGCGCCAGUACCUGCUGGAGAAGGGCGAGUACCGUCGGCACUCGGAGUGGGGGGCGCUGCACCCGUCCGUAGGCUCCAUCAGGCGCGUUGCAGACUAUUAGCCACAGCCAAAACUCUGUGCUUUCAUUUCUUCUGAGCUUUCUUUUCUUGCUUCCUGAACUGAACUGAACUCUGCUGAAUAAACACACUAACUGCAC